GGGCAUAGCGUAUAUCGAAUUUCGAUACUGUCAUUGUCUGACUCCGCCUAAAAGAUCAGAGUGUCAAAGGAAUUACUCACAUAUAGCUGCCUCCGAUCCAUUUCCAAACCCUUUACUUCGACUUCUUCUUUGAAUAGAGCAGAAAGUAGAAGUCAUGGCGCCAAAUGAGCCGGUACCCGAUAGUACACUGAAAAUCGAAAACACAGAAAAGCGAGACACGCUUGUUGAGAUCGAAAAGAAGUAUCAAAAAAAAUGGCAGGAUGAUCGCGUCUUCGAGGCUGAUGCUCCUACAUUUGAUGAGUUUCCUAUUGACAUCACUAACCAUGAGUUACACUCCAAAGUUCCAAAAUUCUUUGGCACGAUGGCUUAUCCGUAUACUAACGGUCUGCCUCACUUGGGCCAUGGCUAUACCAUGUCGAAAAUCGAAUUCCAAGCACGAGCAAGCCGUCACUUAGGCAAGCGGACUCUGUUUCCUCAGGGCUUUCACGUGACUGGAAUGCCUAUCAAAGCAGCUGCGGACAAAAUCAAAAACGAGGUUGCUAUGUUUGGUAAGAACUUUGAGAAUGCACCCAAGGAGGACGACGAAGCGGAUGACACUCCCGUACCUGCGCCGACGCAGAAUGUACCAAAGACGGACGUGACUAAGUUCAAGAACACCAAGCGUGGGAAGGCUGCGCUCAAGGGAGCAGGUGCACGCUACCAGUUUCAAACCAUGUUGUCCAUGGGUGUCCCUAUCGAUGAAAUCCAUAAAUUUGCUGAUAGCGUAGAAUGGGUUAAACAUUUCCCACAACUUUGGAGAAGAGAUAUGACUGCUCUUGGCUGUUCCAUAGACUGGCGCCGUCAAUUUUGCACCACGGAUCUAAACCCAUACUACAACUCCUUUGUUGAAUGGCAAAUGCGCAAGCUGAAAGCCUCAAAUCUCAUUCAAUUCGGCAAGCGCUACACCGUGUACUCGCCUAAGGACGGUCAAGCUUGCUUAGAUCAUGAUCGAUCUCAAGGUGAGGGUGUCAAUCCUCAGGAAUAUCUUGCUUUGAAGUGCCAAGUCGCAGAGUGGUCCGAGACCGCAAAGGCAGUAGUUGAAGACAAGCUACCGCAAGAUGCUAAGGUCUAUCUUGUCGCCGCCACUCUUCGACCAGAAACAAUGUAUGGGCAGUCUAAUCUUUUCGUCAGUCCGCAAAUCACGUAUGGCAUUUUCAAGGGGAAGAACGAGGAAUAUUACCUGAUCACCAAGCGAGCGGCUAGGAACAUGGCAUACCAAUCGAUCUUUGAAAAUUUCGGUGAGGUGAAAGAAGUCUUCGCAAUAUCUGGGAAGGAUGUAAUUGGCACGCAAGUCCAUGCACCCCUCAGCCAUCUCGGAAAAGUGUAUGUCGUUCCCAUGGAUACCAUUAAGGAGAAUAAGGGAACCGGUGUCGUGACAAGUGUCCCCUCAGACUCCCCCGACGACUUCGUUAUGAACAGAGAUCUGGCGAAAAAGCCGGACUUUUACGGCAUUCAACAGCACUGGGUUCCCACGGAGCAUUUACCCAUUAUUGAAAGCCCAACACACGGCAAUCUCAUUGCUAAAUCAGUCGUUGAAAAGGCUAAAAUAGCCUCGCCAAAGGACACUGCCGCGCUUGCUCUUGCCAAAGAAGAAGCAUACAAGGAAGGCUUCUACAAGGGCAAAAUGCUUGUCGGUGAGUGUGCCGGCAAACCAGUACAAGAAGCGAAAGAAAUCAUUCGCAAGCAACUGAUUGAUUCUGGUGACGGAUUCCCAUACUCAGAGCCUGAUGGACUGGUGAUUAGUCGAAGUGGCGAUGAGUGUGUUAGUGCGCUGCUGGAUCAGUGGUUCCUUGCCUACGGCGAUGCUUGUCCACAAUGGAGAGAAAAAGUGAUUGGCCAUGUUAAAAACGAAGACGGGGAGGGCUUCAAUGCCUACAGUUCAGAAACUGCGAACAGCAUUGAGCGUACAUUGGGCUGGAUGAAUCAAUGGGCGGUGACGAGACAAUUUGGUCUAGGCACCAAGCUUCCAUGGGACAAAUCCCAGCUUGUCGAAUCGCUUUCAGACAGCACUAUCUACAUGUCCUACUACACCAUAGCUCACUAUCUCCACUCUGACAUCUUUGGGUCGAAGCCAGGUCUGGCAAAUAUCCCACCGUCGAGUAUGUCGGAUGAGUUUUGGGAUUACGUUUUCGAUCUUAGUGAUAAGGCUCCCGAGAAUAUACCAAAGCAGAGCUUGGAUGAGAUGCGUCGGUCGUUUAAGUUCUGGUAUCCACUCGAUGUGCGGAUUUCAGGAAAAGACUUGCUAAAUAACCAUCUCAUCUUCAUGCUCUACAUACAUCAGGCUAUUUGGGGUGAGAAGCCCGAGUAUCUACCUCGAGGCAUAAGAGCCAACGGUCACGCGCUUAUGAAUGGCGAAAAGAUGUCCAAAUCUACUGGAAAUUUCCUCACGCUGGAAAAGGCCAUCGAGAAAUAUGGUGCCGAUGCAACACGUCUCGCGUUCGCAGAUGCAGGUGAUGGAGUUGAGGAUGCUAACUUUGAAGAGGUCACCGCAAACGCCGCAAUAUUAAAGCUUUACGAGCUUCGAGCAUGGAUGAAGCAGGUUACGAACGACGCUCGCAUUCUUAAGGAAGGGGAAUCUUUUGAGAGUGUAAAGGCCUCAGAGAAGAUACAUCAAACCGAUGUUAUCCAGCGUGAUGGUGAGAAGAAUUUCCACGACAAGAUUUUCGAGAACGAGCUCAAUAUCCUCUAUGCAGAGUCAGUCAAGCAAUUCUCCCUUACAAACUACAAAGCUGCUCUCAAAUCUGGUUUCUGGGAUUUCACUGGCGCGCGUGAUGCAUAUCGUGUUGCGACUGGGGCAACAGGUGGUAUGCACCGUUCAUGCAUUCUGCGCUAUAUCGAGAUGCAAACCCUUCUCCUUGCGGCCAUAACGCCACACUUUUCGGAAUAUAUUUGGUUGGAGGUGCUCGGAAAGAAAGAGACCAUUACGUUUGCAAGAUACGAAACAGUACCAGCGCCGGAUGAGAGUCUGACUGCAGCUAUGCUAUAUUCUAGAAUGGUGCAGGGUAACAUUGGAAGCACCGAAGGUGCCAUGCUGAAGAAACUGGGCAAGGGCAAAGGUGUUCAAUAUGAUCCUAAGUCUGAUAAAAAGCUGACGCUUUAUAUUGCGUCCUCCUAUCCCAAGUGGCAGGACGAGUUGAUCGCUCUUGUCACAGAGAGCCUUGAUGGACUAACAUUAGAUGUGAAGAAAAUCAUGCCGAAGAUCGACAAGAAGAACAAAAAGGCCAUGCCGUUCAUAAUGUCUCUUAAGCAGUCGAUUGAGAAAAGCGGGUCCACUGAAGUCCUAGACCGCAAGCUCGCCUUUAACGAGGUUGACGUCUUAAAGCAUAUCCUUCCCUCACUGAAGGCAACUGUGUACAAAUGCAAGGAGAUUGAGAUUGUAGAGAUAGAUCCAAAUGCUUCUGAAUUGCCUCCAGCAGCACAGUCAGCCGUGCCGGGAAAUCCUGGUAUUGACUUCGCGAAUGUUUAAAGCAAUGGAACUGCUUCAUUAGAAGACAAUUGAUGCGAUGCAUGAAUCUGAUAGAAAACUGUCAAAAACGAUGCCUUGGACUCUCAGAAAAACUAGAACCAUUACUGGAUAUUUAGAUCAGGUCAUAAAAUUAAACAAAUUUUUUUUCAA